CUGUGAGGGGGAAGGCGGCGGCGUCCGGAGAGCGACCCUCGCCGACCUCGUCGUGCUCUCCGCGCCCUCGCGGCUCAGCUCCGGCGAUGGAGCGGUGGGACCGCCGGCGGCGGCGGGGGCGGCGGCGGGGGGCGGCGGCCGGCCUGCUGGAGGGGCUGCCGGCCUUGCCGUGGCGGCUGCUGCUGCUGCUGGUGCCGCUGCUGGCGGCUCGGGGCGCGGCGUCGGGCUCGGCGGAGGGCAAGGCGUGCGAGAAGCCCUGCGCCAACGGAGGGCGCUGCCAGCCCAGCACCGGCCAGUGCGAGUGCCAGCCCGGCUGGGUCGGGGACCAGUGCCAGCACUGUGGGGGGCGCUUCCGGCUUACUGGACCUUCAGGAUACGUAACAGACGGGCCAGGCAAUUACAAGUACAAAACAAAAUGCACGUGGCUUAUAGAAGGAAAGCCUAACACGGUCUUGAGGCUCCGUUUUAAUCAUUUUGCAACAGAAUGCAGCUGGGACCAUCUCUAUGUCUACGAUGGGGAUUCAAUCUAUGCUCCGUUACUGGCGGCUUUUAGCGGCCUGAUUGUUCCGGAGCGGGAGAGUAAUGAGUCUGUCCCUGAAGUUGCAGCCACCUCUGGCUACACUCUUCUACACUUCUUCAGCGAUGCAGCUUACAACUUGACGGGGUUCAACAUCACUUACAACUUUAACGUGUGUCCCCAUAACUGCUCCGGCAGAGGGGAAUGCCGGCCUGUGAACGGCAGCCAAGCGGUCGAAUGUGAGUGUUUGGAACAUUGGAAAGGAGAGGCCUGUGACAUUCCCAAUUGCCCAGAAGACUGUGGCUUCCCCGAAAGGGGGCAUUGCAGAGUGAAUGGAACUCAGGGCUGUAUCUGUUACCCUGGUUGGCAAGGCGUCGACUGCGCGGUUCCUGUUCCAGCAAAUCACUCCUUUUGGACUCGGGAGGAAUUCUAUAUCCCCAAACUUCCAAGAGCAUCUCACAAAGCCGUGGUCCAGGAUGACGUCAUGUGGGUGGUCGGCGGCUACAUGUUCAAUCACACGGAUGCCCAGAUGGUUUUGGCGUAUAAUCUUGAGUCCAGAGAAUGGAUGACCCUGAACAGUAUUGUGAAUGCAGUUGGGAUCAGAUAUGGGCAUUCAAUAGCCUUACAUGAAAACAAAAUCUACAUGUAUGGAGGCAAGAUAGAUGAAUCCGGUAAUGUAACUAGUGAGCUGUGGGUGUUCCACAUCGCAAACCAUUCCUGGGUUCCUGUCAUCCCAAAGGCCAAGGAGCAGUAUGCUGUGGUUGGCCACUCUGCCCACAUUGUCACCCUGGAGGAUGGUGCAGUGGUGAUGCUGGUCCUCUUUGGGCAUUGCCCUCUUUAUGGAUACAUCAGCAAUGUGCAGGAAUACAAUCUAGCAACAAACACAUGGAGCAUUUUACAAACAAAAGGAGCCCUGGUGCAAGGAGGGUAUGGCCACAGCAGUGUGUAUGACCCAAACUCCAAGUCCAUCUACACUCAUGGAGGUUACAAGGCAUUUAGUGCUAACAAAUACAGGCUGACGGAUGAUCUGUACAAAUACGAAGUUCAUAAGUACAAGUGGAUGAUUCUGAAAGAGAGCCGGUUUUCCCGGUAUUUGCAUUCGGCUGUGAUUAUCAGUGGGACCAUGCUGGUUUUCGGAGGUAACACCCAUAACGAUACCUCGAUGAGUCAGGGGGCAAAGUGCUUCUCCUCGGACUUCAUGGCGUACGAUCUAGCUUGCGAUCGUUGGUCCGUGCUUCCUCCACCCGAUCUCCCUCGCGACGUCAACCGGUUUGGACACUCGGCUGUGCUGAGCAACAACACCAUGUAUAUCUUUGGUGGCUUCAAUAGCUUGCUCUUGAGUGACAUUGUAAAAUAUACUCCAGAAAGCUGUGAAGCAUACAGCAGUAAGGUCUCCUGCUUAAAGGCGGGUCCUGGACUCCGAUGUGUCUGGAAUGGCUCCAUUUCCCAGUGUCUCCCUUGGGAAAUGGCCACAACGCAGCAAGAACAUAAAAUUACUGAAGAAUGUCCUUCCUGGCUUGCUGUGGACCAUGAAAAAUGUGAUCAGAUUACAGACUGCUACAGCUGUACAGCCAACACAAACUGGUGUCAUUGGUGCACCGACCAGUGCAUGUCAAAAAACAGCAAUUGUUCAGAAGACCAGACCCCCAUUACUUCCUUUGAAAGCUGCCCCAAGGACAACCCUGCCUUUUACUGUAACAAAAAGACAAGUUGUAAGAGCUGCAGCUUGGAUCAGAAUUGUCAGUGGGAAGGCCGGAAUCAAGAAUGCAUUGCUUUGCCUGAAAACAUCUGUGGGGCAACAUGGCACUUGGUUGGCAAUUCUUGCCUGAGAAUCACCAACACCAAAGAUAGCUAUGACAAUGCGAAGCUGGCCUGCAGUAGCCACAACGCUGCUCUGGCCUCGCUCACUACUCAGAAGAAGGUGGAAUUCCUUCUCAAGGAACUCCAGAAGACCCAGUCCUCGCCCAAAGCUUUGACACCCUGGGUUGGAUUGCGGAAGAUCAAUGUAUCGUACUGGUGCUGGGAAGACAUGUCCCCCUUUACAAACACUCUGCUCCGGUGGCUUCCAGGGGAACCCAGCGAUAUUGGCUUCUGCAGCUAUUUAGCCGAGCCGAGCCACCGGGGGCUGAAGGCAGCUACCUGCAUCAACCUUGUCAACGGCAGCGUCUGUGAAAGGCCAGCCAACCACAGCGCCAAGCAGUGCCGCACCCCCUGUGGCUUGAGGACGGCGUGCAGCGAAUGCACCAGCAGCAACUCCGAAUGCAUGUGGUGCAGCAACAAGAAGCAGUGUGUAGACUCGAACGCAUACGUGGCCUCCUUCCCUUACGGCCAGUGCAUGGAGUGGCAUACCAUGAGCAGCUGUCCACCUGAAAAUUGUUCCGGCUACUUCACCUGCAGCCACUGCUUGGAGCAACCGGGCUGCGGCUGGUGCACAGAUCCCAGUAACACGGGGAAGGGGCGAUGCAUGGAAGGCUCUUCGAGAGCCCCCAUGAGGAUGCCAGCAGCCCCUCUGCCCUCCGUAGGAAAGCUCUACCCAGACCCUGUCCUGGAUGCCAGCCUGUGCCAGACUGAGAACAAAUAUAACUGGUCUUUCAUCCAGUGUCCAGCCUGCCAGUGUAACGGGCACAGCAAAUGUGUCAACCAGAGCAUCUGCGAGAGGUGUGAGAACUUGACCACCGGCAAACACUGCGAGACGUGCAUCUCUGGUUACUAUGGCGACCCCACGAACGGAGGGACCUGUCAGCCCUGCAAGUGUAACGGCCACGCUUCUCUCUGCAAUGCGAAUACCGGGAAGUGUUUCUGCACCACCAAAGGAAUCAAAGGAGAAGAAUGCCAACUGUGUGAGGUCGAGAACCGAUACCAGGGUAACCCUCUCAAAGGAACCUGCUACUACACGCUUCUUAUUGACUAUCAGUUCACCUUCAGCCUUUCCCAAGAAGACGAUCGCUAUUACACAGCAAUCAAUUUUGUAGCAACGCCUGAAGAGCAAAACAGAGACCUGGACAUGUUUAUCAACGCUUCGAAAAACUUCAACCUUAACAUCACUUGGUCGACAAGUUUUGCAGCUGGUACACAGGCUGGGGAGGAGAUUCCAGUGGUUUCGAAGAACCACAUCAAGGAGUAUAAGGACAGCUUCUCCAACGAGAAAUUUGAUUUCCGCAACAAUCCCAACAUCACUUUCUUCGUCUACGUCAGCAACUUCACCUGGCCCAUAAAAAUACAGAUUGCAUUUUCACAGCACAGUAACUUUAUGGAUCUGGUGCAGUUCUUUGUCACCUUUUUCAGCUGCUUCUUGUCUCUGCUUCUUGUGGCUGCUGUGGUUUGGAAGAUUAAGCAGAGCUGCUGGGCAUCGCGGCGGAGAGAGCAAUUGCUCCGGGAGAUGCAGCAGAUGGCCAGCCGCCCCUUUGCUUCCAUCAACGUUGCCUUAGAAACGGACGAAGAGCCACCUGAUCUCAUUGGAGGGAGCAUUAAGAUGGUCCCCAAGCCCAUUGCUCUAGAACCCUGUUUUGGCAACAAAGCUGCUGUUCUUUCAGUGUUUGUGAGAUUGCCAAGAGGCCUAGGUGGGAUUCCGCCACCUGGGCAAUCAGGUCUUGCAGUCGCCAGUGCUUUGGUGGACAUUUCACAACAAAUGCCUAUUGCCUACAAAGACAAGUCAGGAGCGGUACGAAAUAGGAAACAGCAGCCCCCGGCUCAGCCAGGAACCUGUAUUUGAUGCAUGGACAUCCAAACUGCCUCUUUAGGGUUUUAAACACAAGGGGUUCCCUGGGAGAAGGACCUACUUUUUGCAAGGUUCAUGGUGCAAAGGAGGCCUGAAAAGCGCCCGAGAACUUCUGGAUCUUCCUCUUGACGUUGGUGUUGCCUUGGUUGGCUUAGUUUGGCAUCUGCUCCAUCUUAGAUCUGCCGGUCCCGUUGUGACGAAUGGCUCCAUGUUUUCCGGUUGCUCCCCACUCAUCAGUUUUAGGCCUUUUGUGACAUGUCCAUCGGCAAAGUUCUCCACCACUGAAAGUUGGCAUUAACAGGGAGGAGCCAUAUGAAGACUGGUCUGUAUGGAAAGCACUGUGUGGAACUUGCCCUCUCAUCCAGGUUGCACACGAACGAAUGCAGCCGGUACUGGUAAUUCUCUGCCCUCAGCUGCUAAACUCCAAGAUUUAAGAAGAAGCUAACUUAAUCUCCCCAGGAACCUGAUGAUCCAGGCCUUCUAUUUAUUUCUCCUUUCAGGCUCUCUUCCAAGAACAUACCUUGGGUUGCGUUUGUGUGGUAGCUUUAUUUUUGUCCGAGUAAAGGUAUUAAAGCUUGGGAUGGAGCAGAGUAUGGUUGAAUGCUACACAUUGUUUCACUUAACAGUCCUUUUUCUGGAGGAUAUUUUUUCCCACGGUGGGUCUGUGUAGCAAUGGACAUCUAUCCCCACAUCCUACAGUUUUAAAUAGAUCUAGGAAGCAUGGGAAUUAGUGCAGUGAGGUUUUUACAUGGUCUGUAUUCUUCCUCCACCUUGGGCAACCCAUGUCCUUUUUAACUUAACACUAACUGGUUUCAGGGUGAGAGAACAACAGCGAUGUGCGAGGGAUGGACUCUAGUGCCAGAGCAGAGCUGUCGGUUGAUGGCAUGGCUCUGUGUUCUCUUUGCCGCAGGUGCAUUGACUUUUCCUCUUUCAGGAGUCCUAUAUAUUCUUCUCUUGUGUUGCUUUGCUCAAGGGAAGGGACGAUAUCCACCUUGCAGAGGGUGGGUGUUCACCCUGAAAUGGCUCCUGUUGAUCUGAAAGUCCCUGAUUGCUCUUUCCAGCCCCUGCCCCCCAUCCCACCCCCCGUGCAUGCAGAAUGACAUGCUUAAAUACAGUACAGGCAUAUGGUGAUGCCCUCAAGGAAGGGCUGACAGUUGGGGUGCAGCUCAGAUUCCUGACCUGCACCUCAAGAAAUACAGACACCACUGCUCAGUGGCUAAAGGGGUCUUCAGCCCCCUUUUGAUAAUCCAAGUGUGGCUGCCCUUGGAAACCCAGGCCAUCUCCCUUUCUUCUCCGUUCAUCAGCCCUGAGAGGGUGUCAUUCUUGCAUAUUGUAGGGGGAGGUCAGUAAAUAAGAGGGCAUUAUUUGCCAGCAGCCACACAAGCAAGGGACUCCGAGAGAGCACCAAACGUUGGUUCGGGGCUUGUUUUGACCCAUCUGAGCAGCGGUUGAAGAACUGGGCUGUGUUUGGAAGGGCUGGGGCUCCAAUUUCCUUGCUGUUAUCCCUGCUGAAGUUCUUCUUGAAGACCAUUUGGAAGUGUGUUUGGAGGAGAGUAGAGCUUCCAAAAUGGGGUGGGAGAGGCUGCCCCCCCCCCCGCGCCCCAUCACCGUGGCAUUAGUUCUACUCCAGCAGCCGCUGAUUCCACACAGACUGAGGAGACACUUGUGAAUCGUACAGGCAGCUGUUGAGCAAACAGCUGGGUCCCUUUUGCUGCAAUGGCAUGUUUGUGCCAAGGUCCCUUUCUCACCACGCAUGCACACGUGCACGCACACAGUUAGGACCGGUUGUCUGCUCUUGUGCUUCACUGAAUUCUGGAGCAGUCGUGGGCUUCCGCUGGCUGCGCAGAAGAGCAGAGCAGAAUUGACAGUAUCAACACGCAGGGGACUGCUCAGCAGUGGCAAGUCUUGUGGGCAUCCCCUUGAGGUUAACCUCAUCUCCCUGCCCUUCCCAAAUGCAGUAAUGUAUAAUAGUUUUUUUUUUCUUCCUUUUAAUGGACUGUUUUGGCAUGGGGAGGGGGAGACAAAAGAAUUCCUGGGCUGUUUCACUGGAACCAGAUCAUUUACAUCCCCUAAUGUGUGAAUGACCAAACGCUUUCUUAGUUUGGAUCAACAGGCCAGAAGUAUCACAAUUUUGCAUAUUGCUGAGUCUGUAUGUACUAAAUCUUGCAGAACUGGAACAAAUGUAUAAUUAAAAAAGCAUCUCUUUGUCCCCCCCUUCCCCCCCACCCCAAGCUGUGAAUGAAUUGAAUUGUCCUUGGAAAGCAGAGGAGAAGUGGAGAGUGGGAAUCAGUCUGAGUGGCUGAAACAAACCAGGGUUGUCCAACUCUGCUCAGUCUCCUAGGAUGAACCAGUUUGCUACCUUCUGGGCCACUGGUUCUUCCAAGAGUACAAAUCAAAGGUUUCUAGGAAAGCUGUCCUCGCACCAGCUGUGUUACUUUAAUUUGCACACUGUGGGUGGGAAAUCAUUGGAUUCCUUUCAUUCCUCUCCUUGAAUUUGGGCAGAGUAGAAAAAUCCAGUCUCAGGCGGAACCGACUUUGCACAGUCCAAAGCGGUGCACUUUUCUUCCUUUGCUUUAGAAAAAAAGAAAAGUGGGGGUCAGAAGACAAUAUUAAUCCAAUCAUUAGGGUUGCGACAAAGCUGGAAACAUGGAAAGUUCAACCUUCUCAUCAGUUCUGAGAACCUUGGGCCUGACAUCUGCUCAGUCCAGAGCAGGACUGUCUCAGUAGCUAAGAAGGAAUCUGAUCUAGGUACCAUUUAAUUACACUGGCCCUGCCCCCAGAGCUUGGCUAGGCUAAGUUGGAAGGAAGGCCUUGGCCAAGCCACCCAAGUUCUACCGUUGAGUCAGCACCUCCCCUCCCCUUUCCCCUUUCCCCUUUGGGGUUUCUUGCAGAAGUAAACAGAGGUGCCUUUCCUUAACUUACAUGAUUUAAAAAAAAAACAAAACCCACCACCACUGCAGGGAGCAUAACGCUGCAUUGGCAUUUGUAACAAAAAGCUUAGACGGCAGCAUGGAAGAUGUCAAGCGGGUUACUGUGCUCAAAAUGGAAAGAGAAUAUAAUGUACCUCCGGAUUCUCUUAGAGCCACAGAUGAGUUUUGUCUCUAAUGACUUGUGCGUAUGCUAGCAGAAAGCUGCACAGCUUUUAAGCUGUCAGCCUAUUUAAGCACCUGAUAAUCUGUGCGGUGAAAAAGAGAAGGUGUAUUCCUUUUUAACAGGGUGUCUGUCAGGAAGAGUUUUUGCCCGAUCUAUCCAUCCUGAAUUCAGCAGGAUUCACGCAUCGGCAGCACCGUAAAAUGCCCCCGCUUCCCUGUGUUUGCAGCAGUAUUGGGUCAGCCAAGUUGGAAAAUGCACCCAACGCCUGUUUUGGGGGGAACUGAAUUUCAGACAGUUGGAACAGCUGCACUUGCAUGCCUCUGCAGGAACUCUUGGUUUAAACCUAAAGGACUGCAGGUCUGUGUGUAUCUUAACUGUUUCAGUUCUCUGUUCAGUUUCUCUUAAUUGCACAUUUCUGGCAAGUUUGGGAUGCUCUGCAGUCAAUUAUCGUACAGUUAUUUAUCAGUUUGGGUCAGUAGUCUGCUGGAGAGGAGCGUGCCUGAUAAUGCUGCUGGCACAUCUGGCUCAAGGGCCCAACUUUCACUGACUGGCCAGUGCCUGAAAUUCCCUCUUUCCCUCUUGAACCUUCUCCGUGAAUUGUGUAUAUCUCAGUGUGGUGAAUUGCAAAGCCUCAAGGCACGACAGGCUGUGAAAAUGCCUCUUGACAGAUGCUCUUUCCCUUCCAGCUACCAUACCUGCUGCGUUUAAAAGAAACACCACCCCCUCCCCAAGUGGGUUGGUGGGUAAGAAUAUAGUCCCUUGAUUUCCAGGGUGCUUUUAACAUUACUGUCAGAAAUGAGCUUUGACAGGAUGCAUGCUUAGUAAAGGAACUUGGGUGGAAAAGGUGGCUUCUUGGGCAAGGAUGGAGAAGAGAUGCACGGCAAGAUAGGAAUGGCUUUUGGUAUCUGCUGCAACGCCAAAGGGGUCUCCAGUGACUGGCCGGCCUCUUCUCUGAAUCCCCGCCUGUUGGCGGUCUGGGAAUAACUUGGAUUUGCCAUCACGAGCACGCUAGCAGGGUGGCAUGGUGGGUCCCAGAGUGGGUGGGGCCACCAACGCAGCUCUUUUCCAGUGCAGGCAGAGCACUGGGGAAUCCAAGGGCAACAUGGGCACCAUACUCCUCGCAAAGGCUGAAGAUGCCCUCACACAGACUUGAGCCACUCCUGGCCCAGGCCUCACCCACUUUGGGAAUGAAGGCCUGCAAAGCCCAGGGCAGUCCUGGGGCUGACAGACAUUGCACACCCCAUCUGAUAGGAUUGGUUGGAAGGAUUGCUAAGAGAAUCAAGUGAGCUGUUCCAAGUAGCCCACAGCCUUCCCCAGGCUGGUGUGCCCUGGAUGCGUUUGGUGUCAGCUCUCCUUAUCCCCAGGCGUGAUGGGAGAUGUAGUCCAUCUGUCUUGGAGGGUGCCAAGUUGUCAAGGCUUGCUUGGGAAGAGUCUUAGAAGAAGCUGUCACCAUCACUCCACCCAGCAUUGGUGCGGGGGCUGUGGUUGAAAGGAAACCCUUCCUGAGAGUCCUUUGCAUGAACCUGUUUUCUCCACCCUGUCUUGUUACCUUGAGUUUACUCCACUCUUCCCUUUCCUCCAGCGUUCCUCACAUCCCAGCCACUAAGUUCAUUGGGCUUUCUCUCUGGGAAUUAUGGAUUGAUAGCUCACGGUUGCCAUUCCAGAUACUGGAAUGUCCAAUGUCCCUGUAGCAAUUGUGGCUGUGUCCACUUUGUGUUCUUUUCAUAGGAAGGGUGAUGGUGGGUGCUCCUGACCACAGGAAGGCACCUUCAUACCCAGAUCUUAGUCUUUAGAAAAGCCUUCUGGCAGUUCGCUGGGGCUGUUGGAAGCGGUGAGGUCUCGCUUUGGGUUUUUAAGUCAAGUGGCCACUUUUUCCAAGAGUAGAUGGCUGUCCUCCAAAUUUCCCCUCGGGGACCCUGGAGUUUGAACACAAGAUCCGAGUUUGCAAAAGGAGGAAGCCUAAAGCCCGUCAUCUUGUCCUCUGCCAGAAGUGACAGUAUUCAGCUUCUUGAUGUAGCCUCCAACUUGCUCUGUUCCAGAUGUGUUGGAAUAGAAAUCUCAUCGACCCCCAGACGAGCACGGUCUUCAGCCCUACUAGUUUAGGGAUGAUGAAAAUCGUGUUCUGGCUGGGAAGGAGGGUGCCAAAUUGGGAAAGAUGGUACAGUACAUGAUGGCAUCAGCUUAUUCCUGUAUCAGAACCACUGCCAUGAAACCCAGGAGGAAUUUGCAGCGUUGCUAACGUUGCAACCUCUUGCCCACCCCCCAAUUUCUCUGAGCAGCCUUGUUGUUCUUGUCUGCAUCUUCCAGAUUGCAGGCUGCUUGCGCCAGAAUCCAUGCGAGAAAUCUGCUCCAAAAUAGCCCAAUUCAGAUGGGGUCAUAGAAAGUAAAAGAAAGUGGGCCCUUUAAACGAGGGAAAAAGAAAAGCUUCCUUUUACUCUGAAAAUUUAUGCAUAAGGUCUGCUUUCUUUUGGGCUCUUGAUUUUUUUCCCCCUUUUGAAUGUUUUCCUCUUCCCUUGCAACUCUUUUACUAUUCUCCUGUAUUUUGGAUCUGAGCUUAGUUUUGUUCAUAAUGUAUAAUUUAGUCCUUAUUGCAUUCAUAUGUAAAUAACAAGUAUUGUAAAGAAUUUUAUUGCUGGGAGUGGUAUAAAAACACACAUUUUAGGGCUGCUGGGGUUUUUUUGGGUUGUUUCUUUUUGGGUAUUUUUUUGUAUUGUAAAAAAAUGAGUUAAUUUAAAAGCAGAAAAGAGGUGAUGAGAACAUGCAUUUUAAAACACCAAUGUGAAGUAAUGUGUCUAUAAAUAGAAAUAAAGAAUGAAACUUUC